AUGUAUCAGACUUUAACUGUGAUCGCCACGACAGACCUACAGCUGCCCUGGGAGACAGGAGCCUUCAACUUCGUGUGCGAGGACAGGACGUUCCUAGACGACCUGCAAGACCAGUUGCUGGCACAGCCAGCAGCCGUGCCCCUGCCUCGGCCGACGCAGUCCACUCAGUCCGCUGAAGUCUCAGCCCCAGUGGCGCCCAAGCCCAGACUCAGGGCCCUCGGGCAGUGGCAGCCUCAAGACAGUCAGGCCGAACGGCAAGCAGCCUUGUCGAAGUGGAGCCAGUUGCUCAGGGCUGUGCCGCACUUUUUCCAGCCCGAAACAGUCAGUGAGGUGGCAAACGAAAGCAGCCGUGUGGAACUGGGCAACCUGGACCUUAGGUUUGCCAAGAAGAGCACCAACACCCUGCUGAAUAGGAUCAGCAGCCUUCAACGGUUCGCGGCUUGGUGCUUGAAGGCCUUCCCGCACGAGCCGUUGAGCGAACCACUGGUUUUUCUCUACUGUCAGCACGUUACCAGCCAACAGCCCAGCAGUAGUGCCCCAGACCAGCUUUGUCAGGCUCUGAACUUCAGUCAGGGGUGCCUCGGUCUGCAGACACCGGCCUCCAGUCUGGUUAGCCCGCGCGUGCAAGGCAUCGCGCACCAGAGCCUUCGACAGCAAAAGCCUAGCAGACAGGCUCCAGCCUUGACGACAGACCAGGUACGCUGGUUACAGUCCUUCUCAGUCGCAGACGAGUCACAGUACGAGUGUUACCUGGCGUCCACUUUUCUUUUCAUGGUUUAUGCCAGGGCACGUCAUAGCGACUUGAAGCGCAGCAAGAAGUUAACAGUAGACAGAGACGAUGAAGGCAACGUUGUUUUCUUGGAGUGCUCAGUCCUGAACCCCAAGCAGUCGAAAUCCAGUCGAAGGCGGAAUAUGUUUCUGCCGAUUGUGGCACCAGCCGAGGGCAUCUGCUCAGAGCCGUGGGCAGCUCGGUGGCUGGAGCUGCGCCAAGAUCUGGGGCUGGUGUGCGAAGGCAGCCUCACAGACAGCCCUCUUCUCCCAGAGCUCGCAGCCGACGGUAGUCUUUUGCCAGUCAACAUGGACUCCGCCACAGCGUCGAAGUGGCUUCGCUGUUUGUUGUCCAAGCAGCCCGGCAGCAGUCUGGACGACAUCCUGCAGAUGUCCAGCCAAGGACUCAAGGCCACUUGUCUAAGCUGGACCAUGAAGGCUGGGAUCCCAGACCCUGACCAGACUUUGUUAGGCUACCACAGCAGGGGGAAGAGCUCUAGUGCCAUGAGCUAUGGCAGGGACAGCUUAGCAGGACCGCUCAGACACCUGGCGAAGGUCCUGCAGGACGUCAAAGAGGGCAAGUUCAAGCCAGACUCCACCAGGUCAGGACGUUGGCAGGCUGAACAGUCGACCUCAGCGGCAGCAGCCUCUUCAGCCGCGCCCAAGCCUCUGCCCACUAAGCCACUUCUGGAACCAGCAGCGCCGCAACAGUCUUCAGACAGCAGCAGUGACGAGGAGCUGGAGUCUGAUGGCUCUUCUGCCGAAGACGUGCAGUUGCUGCAGAGCGUCAGCCACAGCCUAGCCUUGGUAGCCAGUAGCAGUGACUUUCAAUUUUUGACAAACGUGCGCAGUGGAGUCGUGCAUGUCAGCCGUGUGGGCCAGGAUAGGCUCCUCUGCGGCCGCACAGUCUUUGCUGGACUACAGAUCACAGCCAUGGUAGACUUUUCGAAGGUGCAGGCAUGCCUUACAUGCCAGUCUGUCGCAGACGGACUUAUAGACGGUCAAUGGGCAAGCACCGACAGAGGGGCGUGA